AUUACCCCUCCCUUUAACAAAAACCCUUCUUCUUCUUCCCUCUCUCCCUAGUCCCUACCUUCAGCAAUGGCAGCCAUUGCUAUCUCCUUCUAAGCUCUAACCCUUCUCUUUUUCCCACUUCUAUCCCACAAACAAAACCCAUAUCCCCAUCUUCUUCUUCUUCUUUAUGUCAAAUUCCGAUCAUACCACCAACGCCAAUGGCGUCUCCAAUGGCACCAUCGUCGCCAUCGACACCCACAAGAAUCAGCCCUCUACCAACGGAGCCCUCGUCGUUAAAAAGCCCCCUUCUAAGGACCGUCACAGUAAAGUCGACGGUCGUGGCCGCCGUAUCCGUAUGCCCAUCAUCUGCGCCGCAAGAGUAUUUCAGCUGACUCGAGAGCUUGGUCAUAAAUCCGAUGGCCAAACCAUCGAGUGGCUCCUUCGUCAAGCUGAACCUUCCAUUAUUGCCGCUACUGGCACUGGUACAACCCCUGCUAAUUUCUCCUCUGUUUCUCUUUCCGUAAGAGGAAAUGGCGGCUCUGUUUCUUCUCUCUCUUCCCCUUCUUCCACCACUUCUACUCUCUCCCUCUCUCGCCCUCAAGCUCUCUCCGGUCCCACGCCGUUCAUUCUCGGCAAGCGCGUUAGGUCCGACGAUGACGGUAAAGACGAUGGGUUAGGAGUGGGUCAAGCGGUUGGGUCCAUAGUGGGUCCGACGGGGCCAGGUGGGUACUGGGCGAUUCCUGCAAGACCUGAUUAUGGGCAGGUUUGGAGUUUUGCCGCCGCGGCUCCGUCGGAGAUGGUGGUUCAACCCGGGGGGAUUUCUCAACAUUCGUCGUUGUUUGCCCAACAGCAGCAGCCGAUUAGAGAGGCGUCGGCGGCCAGAGUGGGAAAUUACCUUCCUGGUCAUCUGAAUUUACUGGCGUCUUUAUCCGGCGGUGGUGGUUCUGGACGGCGGGAAGAUGAUCCUCGCUAAUUGUUGUAAUGGGUUGGGGUUAUUAUUAUUGUUCUUCUUCUUCAUCGUAUUUUGUACAAAUAUCUGUGUGCCAAAUGUCAAUUGCUUUCUUGUGUGCAGCUAAGAAAAAAGGGUUAAUUCUAGUGGGAAUGUAGGAUUCUAGGGUUUCAGGUUGCUUGGAAUCACAAUUCGUAGAUCGAAUUUCAUUUUUCCAUGGAUGAGUUCGUUCAAAUUAGAGCUUUAGGGUUUGAAAUUGCUAGAAAAAAAAAGGUUAGGGUUUUCUUUUUUCUUCCGUCUUAUGAGAGUGAGAAGAAGAUUCUGGUUCAUUCCGCAACGAUCCAUGUCCAUAACCCAAAAAUCGCUACUGCAAAUUGAUGAUUCAUUUCAUUUAAACGAUGAAAUUCUUCGAAAUUGCAAGCAGGGGUAGCAGAUUUCUUUUGAAUCGGAGCUUUGGUUUUUGGCCGGAAUCGGCUUUAUUUAUUGCAGUGGCAGUGGCGGCGCCAUUGAAGACCAUUCUGAAGCUGAUGCUUCUUCUUCUUCAAUGGAAGCUCCAAUCUCUCUCUGUGUAAGACCUCUGUUUUUUUUUCUUUCCCCCCCUAAAGAAUUCCAUUUGUAUUCUUAGAAUUUGUUGGCUUGACAAUAAUGGUGUUCUUUCAUGUUAUGUCAGUGGAUUGUUUCUGGGGUUUCUCUGAUGUGAAUAAAAAAUCCCAUUGUUUUUCUUCCAAAAA